AUGGCUGACGUCAAAGAUAUCACCCGUGAUCUCGAUAAGCUGGACUCGCAGCUGGACAAUCUGGAGGAGGCUCUCGCGCCGCUACUCGGCAACCUAGAUGAGUUGUCAUCACAACUACCACUUCUCGACAAGGCGAAGCUCUUCUCCCUAGCCGCUUACUCGAUAGAAUCCUUAUUAUUCUCUACUCUGAAGCUUCAAGGCGCGGAUGCGCAGAACCACCCCGUAUACGCGGAGCUCAAGCGUGUGCAGCAAUACUUUGGCAAGAUCAAGGCCGUAGAGCAGCCCGCUGGAGAGCGAAACACGACUGUUAAUCAAGAAGCCGCCGCUCGUGUGCUCAAAGCAGACCUGAGCGACAAUAAGGCAAUUAGAGACAGGCUGGCAGAGAAGAUUGCUGAGGAGCGCGCCAAGGCGCUGCUGAGAUCUGUCGAGGGACGCAAGCGCCCGGCGGAGGAUUCGGCGGCCAGCUCUACGGACGAUAGCAAGGGCGUCAAGAAGUCAAGAAACAAGCAUAAGUCGAAGGGAAAAAGUAAGAAAUAG